UAAAGAAAAAGCAGGACAGAAAAAACAAGAAAAUUAAGAAGUUUGAAAAUUCAUCAAAAAUGUAUACAAAUCAAACUCUAGAAGGUUUUAGGUUCGAGAGUCAAGCUAAACCGUUCAAAACAGAGAUUUUUGAAGUUAGGUAGGUUCAGCCCACUUAGAAAGUUUUCAAGCUCAUGCCUAAAAUGCUGAAUAAGACUGCUCUACAACAACUAUAUAUUGACAAGUAGUAUAAAAAAUAGUCAUGGUUUUCCUAGUUUAGUUACCAUCUUCUUCUAAUCUCUAUCUCUUUUUCUUAUCCUUACCAUCUUUAUCAACAUGGGAAGCUUUUUUUAUCUAACACUCACCAUCUUCAUCUUCUUGCUCUGUUUUCAUUGCGUAUGUUGCCUAAACAUUUCACUUCCUCCAUUAAUCCCUGAUAUUUUAAAGUUUUUGGAUGAGAGAUUAGCUCUUGUUUACCCUAUAAUACAGGUUUUCAAGAACACAAUCACUCUAGACCCUUUGGGAAUCACUUCAACAUGGGUUGGUUCAGAUAUAUGCCAGUACAAAGGAUUUUACUGUGAUCACCCACCCGAUAAUCUCUCUGCUACUGCACUCGCUUCCAUCGAUUUCAAUGGCUUCCAACUCAGUGCUCCGAGUCUCGAUGGCUUCAUCGAUCAGCUUCCUGAUCUAGCUCUUUUCCAUGCCAAUUCCAACAAUUUCGCUGGCACUGUUUCCCCGAAAAUUGCAAAUCUACCAUUUCUCUACGAGCUCGAUUUGAGCAACAACAACUUCAUGGGAACAUUUCCUUCGGUAGUUCUCAACAUGCCGGGCUUAACGUUCUUGGACAUUCGGUUCAACUCCUUCACUGGUUCCGUACCACCCCAAAUCUUCAUGCAAACCCUAGAGUUCCUCUUCAUCAACAACAACAAUUUCAAGCUGACACUCCCGGACAACCUCGGUGCCACCACGGCGUUUUAUCUCACAUUGGCGAACAACAAGUUCACCGGUCCGAUCCCGAAGAGCAUUGGAAACGCUUCGUCGUUGAUCGAGGUGUUGCUUUUGAACAAUUUGCUAACAGGCUGUAUACCUUAUGAAAUAGGAUUUCUUAAAAAGGCCACGGUUUUCGACGCCGGAAACAACCGGCUGACGGGGCCUUUACCUUGUUCUUUGGGUUGUUUGGAGAGCGUCGAGCAGCUGAACUUCGCCGGAAACUUACUGUACGGGAAGGUACCGGAGGUGGUUUGUGGUUUGGGGAAUUUGGUGAACUUGUCUCUGUCUGAUAACUAUUUCACACAAGCGGGGCCCAUAUGUAGAGAACAGAUUAAGAGAGGGGUUCUUGAUUUGAGGAAGAAUUGUAUACAUGACCUUGCUGAUCAAAGAUCGGUUAAGGAAUGCACGGAGUUCUUUUCGCAACCCAGAAGUUGCCUCAGGCCAUCAUCCACAUUCAAUAUUAUUCCUUGUGGGGUUCAGCCCACUAAGCCUCCACCUAGAAGGGGAUCUAGAAGAAAAUUAUUGGUUUCUUACGCUGCUCUUUCCAGAAAUAAUAGAUUGUGAAAGAUUAAUUUUUGUAA